UGGGGGUAGUGGUGUGUGUGUAGUCAGCCGACGCUAAUCGCCCCAGGCCAGCGCUAGACGAGCGGUCAACCGUGACGAGUUACGACGGUCAGCCGAGACGAGUGUCAACACUGCGGUUCGGGAAGGAUCGACGGCGGUUCGGGAAGGAUCGACGUCGUGAACAAGCUCAUGAGCGUCACGAGAGUUGUAGUCAUCUGACCACCUGGAAACGUCGAGCGGCGUUCUGUCCGGUUCGAGAAGGCCAGUAGGGACCCUAUAUAAGAGCAGAGGUGUCGCAGUCAAGACGGUUCAGAAAGCGGGUUCACGGCAGGGGUUCAGAGCCCGGUUCACUACAGUCCGGUCGACUACAGCACAGUUCAGCGGUGUGGUUCUGUACGGAGCAUUACGACGGUUCAGUGCGGAGUACUAUCAAGUACAGUUGAGACGAACGGCAUCUUGAUCUUGGUCUGCGAUCGAGUUCGACACAACGAACCUAGUGUGUGAAGUCAGUCCUGAACUGUUGAACCCAGUGCAAGCCCGGAACGAGACGGAGAGGCCAGUGCAAGAGUUGAUACUACGGAACGGUGUUAUCGGAGAGAUAUUUGUACAGUGUACGUGUUGCCAAUUGUACAGUAUUGGCUGUUAUUUAUUCAACUAUUAAAGUGUUACGUUACUUUGGAGCCCUGAGUUGUCAAGUUCUUUAAGUUGGUGGUGUAAGGUGCAGUUUGCAGAGAGCCUGGAUAGUGAGAUUCGUAACAACUGGUGUCAGAAGUGGGAUCGGAUCGGAAUCGGAUUGGAUCUACUAUGGCUCGUCUGAAACUGCUGUACGAACUUGAAUUCAGAGAACUGAAGCAAGAACUCCGUGAUCGAAAUCUGAAAACGAGCGGAAAUAAAGAAACCUUACAAGCACGCCUCCGAGAUGACAUUUUGGAAGAAAAAGAAGAUCCGGACACAUAUCUUUUUGAAGUCGAACCUAACUUGCUGGAACAGAUCAAUUUCAAGAUAGAUGCCAUGAACACCAAGAUAGCCGCUAUGAACCAACGCAUACCUGCUGUGGAGGAGAGAAUCAUCAACUCAGACGUUCGUUCAGAUGCUAAAACCAGAGAGAGGAGCCUUGGUGGUGAUCACGAGGACCCAUUGAAACCUGACAAAGCCGUUGAGAGACAUAUGCAAGUCGAGAGAUACCAGCCAGGUCCGAACCUAACAGACGUUGGUCCAGCUGCCAAGACUGGAGAGGAAAGUCCUGAAGGUGGUAAAGAGAAUCCAAGGCAGUCUGACGUUGACGUUGAUGGACAUUUGAAAGACGAAAGUCAUCGACAGGGUCUGAAACCAACAAGCGAUUGGCCCGAUACUGAGACGAGAGAGAGAGGUCCUGAUGGUGGUGAAGAAAGCCGAAUGGAGCCUGAUGCCGAAGACGAGGGACCUUUGCACGAGGAGUGUUACCAGCCUGCCCCACGAGCAUGCCCUCCAGACAAGGCUGAAGAUGAUGACCUGUCCCACAAUUCCCCGCCCUGUGGAUUUGAAGCCCAUCCCAGUCCUUCUUCGCAAAGCCCUAUGAAGCCACCUCUUUUGCCAACAAUCUUGGUAAUCCCUGCCCUUACAUCCUAUACCUCUCCAAGUGUCAAUUGGCUGCCCUCAGUACCAAACGACAAGAGAGCGAUGCAACUACAACAUCACUGCAACAAGAAGACGAUCAACUGGAGGAAAAGAAGAAGGUGGCGUUUGCUUAGUCCAACGUGCAUGGUGAUGCUACCAAGAAAUAACUGCAGCCACAUGAAGACCAACUGGCGGAGAAGAAGAAGAAGGCUACUUUUGUUGAAUGCAAGAUGGAUGACGAUGCAACCUCGAUAUCACUGCAACCACAUGAAGACCAACUGGCGGAGAAGAAGAAGAAGGCGACUUUUGCUGAGUGCAAUAUGGAUGACCAUGCGAUCACGAGGUCGAUACAACCAGAUGAAGGCUAACUGGAGGAGAAGAAAACGUUUUCUGAAUUCAACAUGGAUGUCGAUGAAAGCACGACGGCGAGGCAACCAGGUUAAUGCCAACUGGAGGAAGAGAAGGAAGCGACCAUUGCUGACUGCAUCAUGGAUGGCUCCAUUAAGCUCAAGAGGCAAGCCAACUGCCACUGAUCGACCCCCGCCUGCAGCGAUGAAACUUUACAGCCAAUGUCAUGAUGUUGAUUCUGUCCGGGACGGACAGAUCUAAAGAGGGGGCAGUGUUAUAAACCUGGUGGUGGCACAGAUGGGGGUAGUGGUGUGUGUGUAGUCAGCCGACGCUAAUCGCCCCAGGCCAGCGCUAGACGAG